AUGGCUAAAACCCACGUAACACCAGUAAAAGGCCUCACGAUACCAAGAUUGGAGUUUCCGUCUGCUGUAGAAGGCUUAAACAUCGCUCUAGUAAUCGGUCGGGAGCUCGAGAUUGACCUACGAGAAGUCACCUUCCACACAGAUUCUCAAACUGUAUUACGCUGGAUCCAUUCCCGCACUUGUCGAUUUGAAACCUUCGUGGACAAUCGUAUUGGCAAGAUCCUCCGAAACACGAAUCGAACACAAUGGCGUCACGUUUCUGGAGAUAACAAUCCCGUGGACUUCACGACUUACGACCCGAAGAACGUCGACGAGUUGGUGAAAUACCACGAAGGUCCAUCGUUCCUGAAACUCGAUCCAUCGGAGUGGGAUACUCGGAAAGAGAUUGCAGAGUUGGAAGAGAAUGACGUUAACGUGACUCGAGUCUUCGCCGUCAAAACCGAGGACGAAAAUCUCCCGAUAAAUGACUGCGGGAGAAAAUAUUCCAGUCUUCUGAAGAUCCAGAGAGUUGUCGCUUGGUGCAGGAGGUUCGCGACAAAUGCCAGAGCGAAGAUGGGCCCUUGCAAGCCCACCGUUGGAGAGUUGACGACCGAAGAAAUGUCAGCGGCUUUUACAAUCUGCAUUAAACGCACUCAAGCAUUGACAUUCACCGAAGAAAUCUACACCUUGAAGAAGAACUGGGAGUUGCCUCUGAACUCAAGUCUACGAAUUUUCAGUCCUUUUCUGGACAAAGUAGGACAGCUCCAUGUAGGCGGACGUAUACUACAGGCUCCAGUCGAUUAUUCCACAAAGCAUCUCAUCCUGCUUCCAGCCAAUCAACUUGUGACGCAACGGAUUGUAUGGGAGCAUCACACGCGGAAUCUUCACAUCAAAUUGGAAAGAUUACUGACGGAGUUACGGAUACGUUAUUGGAUUAUCUCUGGACGCAAAGUCAUCAAAUCAGUUUUCAACACUUGCUGGCCUUGCAAGCGUAGGUCAUCGAAGCCUAUUCAACCACUCAUGGCAUCAUUACCAGUACAUCGGCUCACUCCCUAUCUUCCACCUUUCACAUAUACAGGAGUCGAUUACUUCGGCCCUCUAACAGUACGAGUCGAUGGAAGAGAGUGUAGACACGAAAAACGUUGA